AUGGAUGAAAGGAUAUUGAGACGACAUUUCAGUGCGUAUGGUGAAGUUAAACAUGUUGUUGUCGACGUUAAGAAAGCCAUAGCUUUCGUUACUUUUGUUGAUCCUUCCAAAGCUCAAAUUUCCCUUCAACAACAACAUGUUAUUCUUGGUCGAAAAGUGGAGGUGAGACCAGCAAAACCAAAAGUAGAAAUAGGGAAGAGGAAGAUAUUUGUGGGAGGAUUGCCUCGAUCCAUAACAGAUGAAGAAUUCAAAGGAUAUUUCCAGAAAUUUGGAAGCAUAGUUGAUGCAGUGGUAAUACAUGACAAAGAAACUAAGAGAAGCAGGGGGUUUGGGUUUGUGACAUAUGAAGCAGAGGAGUCGGCCAACCUUGUUUUGCGAACUAAUUUCCAUCUAUUAAACAACAAGAGAGUUGAAGUGAAGAAGGUUACUCCUAGGCAAGAGAUGGUGCCAACCGGAUUUGGAUUUCCUCCUUACUAUUACGAUCCAUAUUAUCAAACAUAUUUUUACGUCGUUUGGGUGCCCAUUCCUGGAUUAUACUGA